AUGGUCUGGAAUUCUCAAAAGAAGCUGAAGGACCUCGAGAAAGGUUCAGACUUGGACAGCAUUUCUUCGUUUGGCUCGGUACAUGGCAAAGGGUUCAUUCUCGCUCCCAAACAGGCGCACCUAGCUCCAAGCCCACCUUCGCCAACUUAUCCUCGAACAGGAACCGACUCGCGGUUCACCAAGAGUCUUCCUACGAGUGAGAAGGAGCCGAAGAUGCGCAGUUUCGUGCGCCGACAUGCCUUCCUGAUUUUCCUUGCUGUGGCACUCAUACUGGUGUGCACCAUCACAGCCAUUGGCGUGCUCCUCAAAGCGAGGACCAGAAACAGCCCAAUCAUUACUCCCGACCAGCUCACAGCUGGUGGAGCAUCCGACUCGGUAGCCACACUAACCGCUACUCUGCGUUGA